AUGGCCGGAAGAGUGACAGCUCAGGAGCUUCAGAGAUCCAAGCAGAUCACUGUGUUGCAUCCACUGGUCCUUUUGCACUCGAUUCAUUUUAUCUGGACGAUAGUUAUGGCAAUUCAUGUCCUCUGUUAUGGAUUGGACACUUCUAGUAGCAUUCAAACGUAUGUGGAUGAUGCAAAUUCCUUCUUCGUUACUUAUCGAGUCAUCAAUAUCGUCACCCUGGCACUUGAUGCAGUGGUAGCAUGCUACGUCGCUAUUCAGUUGCGAGAAAGAUUAUUAUCAGCUGCCAUGGCUGAAGAUAUGAAGAAAAAGUCGGUGGUGCAGAUGUCGUUGCUGAUGGCUCUGUUGACAGCGUCACUAGCGUUGCAGAUCAUCAUGGACGUACCCGUUUUCAUUUCAGGUGUCAAGGACUCGUGGUCCUCUCUGAGCUUUGAGGCUUUUUGCGUUAUUAAGUAUCUUGUCCCAGGGCUGCUCCUGAGUCUAGCUUUUUUGUAUAUUAUGCGACGCGUCGAACAGCGCGAGCCCACACGAAUGGUGGUGGUGUCGUCACGGUCACUAGUGGAGUUUGUGGAAUGCUCAUCGCCGAACUGCGUGUGGUGUGCGCACCACCGGCAAUACCAUUUGAAUCAGAACAAGUGGGAUAUGACGCUCAUGACGUCAUUUUCUCCACGGACGGUGGAUUCGAGCUAUCAUUCGUCCACUCACGCCAACCUCUCUCAGGGGUCGUGGUCCUCAGAAGGCACGCCGGAAUCGUUGCCAGCUACUUUACAUAUGUCUCGUGAUAGUCAUCACCGCCUUCACCAGGCUUAUCCAUCUCACCACCAGACGCAUCCGGCUCGUGGCCGCAUGCAGUUUCCAGCCUACACGCAUGGAGACUAUGAGCCACCGGAGGAAAUUUCAAGAUGGCAUGGAGCACGUUACAGCUGA